AAGAAUGAUAUCUUUAUUAUUAUUCAAAUAGCAUUGCUUUUAUAAACAUGGAUAUAAUAGUAAUUAUACCUAACGAUUAGAAUACUCAGCAAUAUUGCAUUUAAAUGACGCAAUUGUGUUUCUGUCGUUGCUGUUUUAGAUAAAUAGAAAAUGUAUUUUACUUCAGGCAACCUAAAAUUGCGUUUUAAUGUCAUAGUAACAUGAAAUCUCAUGUGCGAUCUAAUUAGGAAUAUAAUUUGAGUCAACAACAUGCGACGUUUAGUAUUUCUUGUCGACAGAAGAGUGCGUCCGUCAUUCUGCGUAAGCAGGUGCACGUGAGAUGACCGUCUGCUAGACGGGUCAGUGGUUAGGUACACGAGCCUCCUCGUGAUAUCCCGGGUAGUUUUGAAAAUCUUGAUUUUUGUUAGUUUCAUGUGAUUAUGUUACAUAGGCCGACGGUCUUAAGGAGGCAUUAUGUUCAUAGUAUUACGUAUAUUGUUGAUACUAACGCACUUUAUAUGCGACUUGUUUGCCGCGGUUUAUAAUUGCUACACGAGCCUUUAUCGCAAGUGUACUAAGAUUUGGUACGGUGAAAACUUAAGGACAGAAUCUGAAAUGUUAAUAACAACAGCGAACAAGAAGAAAAAACUACCCAGGCAUAUAGUGAUUGUUUUCGGCACGAUGGAAAAUACUAUUUUUGACUGCAUACGAAUCAUUGGGUGGUGUAUCACACUUGGUAUACCGUACAUCAGUUUUUUUGACAUUAAUGGUUUUUUAGUCAGAAAUGAGAGUUCUUUGAAAUAUGAACUAGCCAAGAGGCGGCCUGAUUUAAUGGAUCAUAUAAGUUGGAAUAAACCGAAUGUAAAAUCCACGCGAAAUGGAAUAACGGAUUCCAAGUUAAAAACAAGGGUAUUUUUAUUAUCCUCUUCAGAUGGGAAAGGAGAAAUAGUAACAUUAACAAAAAAAUUAGCUGAAGCUGUUGUAGCAGGAACAAUUAAAUCUGAAGAAAUAAAUAUUGAUUUACUUGAUGAAAAACUAAAUGUAUGGAGAAUUCCAGACCCUGAUUUAGGGAUAAUAUAUGGCCAUGUUUGUUGCACCUAUGGUGCUUUACCAUGGCAAACACGAAUAACAGAAUUUUUCACACUACCUUUGCAUUUCUGCCUAUCUGUGAAGGAUUUUAUAUGUUUGUUAGAAAAGUACAGUAAAUGUGAGCAACGAUAUGGGAAAUAACGGGAAUUGUUGUUCUCAUUGGUGCGAAGCUUUUGUAUUUCGAACAAAGCAUGAAAAAAGAAACAAAUUAUGCAAGAGAUAGUUUUUAAGAGAACUCUACAAAGACUGAAUAUAAAUCAAUUUACAGAUACUAUUUUAUAAGUGGUUGCGUGUUAAUAAAUUGAUAAUGGUGGAACCAGCUGCUUGUGUGACAUAAGUGUCGUGUAUGAGCCGAUUUUAAUGUGUAUCUGUAAGAAACAAUUUAGGUAGUCUAAGUUAAACGAAAUUCCCACGAACAUGGAUAGAAGAGGAUUCCACAGAUAUUUGCAAAAAUGAAACAUUUUAAUUAUACCUUUAAUUGUAAAUUAUUACAAUUAAUUUUUUACAAGGUAUUGUUAUCAUUUUACAAAAUAAUGCUAUUGUGCAGGAGCAUAGAGACCAUUCCGUGUUGUUCAUAAUAAAUUAAAGAUUUAGUUAUUUAGUCGUAGCCUACUGUGACAAUAAUAUUUUAACGCUAUUUAAAGAAUUAUUUUCGAGGGUGUACAAAGAAAAAUGAUAAAAGUUACAUCAUCAAAUUAUAAGACUUGAAAAGCGGAAAGGAUAUUGAUUUUAAUACAGGUAUAAAUAUGUAUAUCUUAGAGAACUAAGCUAAUGUUUUAGUACAUUACAUCCAUAGUUUUCUGAAAAUUAAACUGCUGCCAUUUUUCUUAUACCUUCAAUUUACACUGUUCACAGAAGAUGGUUCAAGAGAAUCUAUGCUCCUAUGAAUAAUACAUUUAUUUUGAUUACAAUAUGGAAGUAAGAUAAAGUUUUGGAAACUAUUGCAUUUCACUUGUUACUCUCAGUAAGAUAAUGACAUUCCACGCAUGUACAUAAUUAUUUAUUCCUAAAAUUAUAUGUAUACAAAUAUUUUCAUAUCAAAGCAGCUCUGAGAUUUUUCUUGUUUGUGGUGUGUUUUUAGCGAAAGAUUGUCUAUUGUGGGAUCCAGAAUUCCUAAAUAUAAAUAUAGUUCUUUUUUGCACAAA